ACAUCAAGAAGAAGGAGUGCUGCUUCUACGUGCAGAAUGAGAGUGAGAACAUUUGUAAAUGUGGCUACCCCAAAGACAAGAAUGCUUUCGAGUCAGAGAGGUUUCUGGGACAGACCUUGGAGGGACAGAGGCACAUACGCGAGGUUCCCACCGAUGCCUUUGGAGAAAUCAAUUUUGGAGGCCACAGCCAAAACAUGGCACAGUAUGUGCGUGUCUCCUCAGAUACCCCGCCCGAAGAUUUGUACCACCUGAUUACGGAGUACUGGAAGCUCCGCCCCCCGAACCUGCUCAUCUCAAUCACAGGUGGGGCCAAGAACUUCUACAUGAGGACACACCUGAAGCAGAAGUUCCGCAGAGGCCUCAUCAAAGUGGCCCAGAGCACAGGUGCCUGGAUCAUCACCGGGGGCACCCACGCCGGGGUGAUGAAGCAGGUGGGGAUGGCCGUGCGUGACUACACCCUCAGUAGCGGUUCUGCCCGGGGGGAGAUUGUGACCAUCGGGGUGGCGCCCUGGGGCAUUGUACACAAUGGCCAGUCCCUCAUAAACCCUAAGGACGGUUUUCCUGCCAACUACACACUGGAUGAGCAGGGCCAGGGCAGGCUCUCCUGCCUGGACAGCAGCCACACGCACUUCCUUCUGGUGGACGACGGCAUGCACGGCCAGUACGGCGGUGAGGUCGGCCUGCGCAGCCGCCUGGAGAAGUUCAUCUCAGAGAAGCCCCUCCUGGGAGACGGAGAAAGUCAUGUGAAGAUCCCUGUUGUGUGUGUGGUGUUGAACGGAGGAGAGAGCACUCUGAAUACCAUCUACAGUGCCAUGUUGAACGGCACCACGUGUGUGGUUCUGGAGGGUUCGGGCCGGAUAGCAGAUGUAAUCGCUAACGUGGCCGGGAAACCCGAGUUGCAGGUCACCCCGGAACUGAUCCAGACGCAUAUAGAGAGGUUCUUCGGACAUGAAUAUGAAACCCUCUCCGAGAUCAAAGUCAAAGAGUGGACGGAAAAGAUCCAGGACAUCAUCAGUAAGCCACAUCUCCUGACCGUGUUCCACAUGGACGAGGACAGCAACAGCGAUGUGGACGUGGCCAUCCUCCAGGCCUUCCUCAAAGAGGUGUGUCCCCCUUUAUGUAUCUUUAUGUCUAAAGUGGGUGUCCUUUCAGGAUCCAGGACUGAGAACGUGGGGUAUAGGAAGCAGCUGGGAAUGGCCUUGGACACUGAAGAGAGAAAGAUCUUCACAGAGUCUGAUGACCUGCACAAGGCCAUGUUCUCGGUCCACAUGAACCACAAGUUGGAGUUUGUGAGGCAGCUGGUGAACAAAAAGGAAGAGGAAGACCCUGUGAGAGACUUCUUCCUGUGGGCCAUUCUGAAGAAUGAAAAAGAGCUGGCUCAGAUUGCCUGGGAACAGUGUACAGACAGCAUAGCUGCUGCUUUGGCAGCCAGCAAAAUUCUUAAAAAAAUGGCACAGGAGUCGGAGAACAAUAAUGAAGAUCUCGCCAACAACACGAGAGAACUUGCCAACCACUAUGAGAGACAGGCCAUUGGUGUGUUCAAUCAGUGCCAUAGCACUAAUGACUGGAAAGCCCAGAAACUUCUGAUCCGAAUCUCUCCAUCUUGGGGCGAAGCCAGAUGUCUACGCUUGGCACUGGAGGCGAACGACAAGAACUUUGUGGCUCACUCAGGAGUUCAGGCUCAUCUCACCCAGAUCUGGUAUGGAGAGCUGUCUUUGGACACCCCUCAGUGGAAGACACUCCUCUGCAUGCUGUUCUUCCCACUCAUCUACACAGGCUUCAUAACCUUUAGAUGUGAUAACAAGAACAUUAAGAGGGAGAACUCAAGGGAUGAAGAGACGGGAAGCUCGGCCGAUACCAGCGAUUCUCAGGACAGUGACCAGCUAAAGCUACUGAGUUGCCUAGACUGUGGAAGUUGGAAGCUGUGGAAAUUCUACGCAGCCCCACAGGUGAAGUUCUACUGGAACAUCGCCUCCUACUUUGGGUUCCUGUGGCUCUUCUCUUUCGUGCUGAUGAUCGACUUCCAGCCCACGCCGUCAUGGACGGAGUGGCUGCUCUACGUUUGGGUGACCUCUUUAGUGUUUGAGGAGGUCAGACAGCUUUUUGAUGAUCCGGAUGGAUUUGGGUUCCGAAGGAAAGCCAGGAUGUAUAUUAAUGACUUGUGGAACAUUCUAGACGUGGCUUCCAUCCUGUUCUUCAUCGUUGGUCUUGUCUGCAGGUGGACUAGCACUGCGUUUUACGCAGGAAAGAUCAUCCUCUGUAUCGACUUCAUCAUCUUCUGUCUGCGCCUCAUGGCCAUCUUCACCAUCAGCAAAACCCUGGGCCCAAAAAUCAUCAUUGUCAAAAGGAUGGUGAAGGAUCUGUUCCUCUUCAUGUUCCUGCUCAGUAUCUGGGUGGUGGCCUAUGGGGUGGCUAAACAGGGCAUUCUGAUCCACAAUGAGAACAGACUGGACUGGAUCAUCAGAGGAGCUGUGUAUGAGCCCUACCUCAUCAUAUUCGGCAAUGUCCCUACCAACAUCGACAAUACUGCAUUUGAUAUGAACACCUGCACUGUGAAUGGCACUGACCCUAUGCGACCAAAAUGCCCUGUGCUCAAUGCCAACCAAAUGCCAGCCUUUCCUGAGUGGCUGACUAUCAUCAUGCUGUGUAUUUACCUUCUCUUUGCCAACAUCCUGCUCCUCAACCUCCUCAUUGCCAUCUUCAACUACACAUUUGAGGAGGUGCAAGACAACACCGAUAAAAUCUGGAAGUUCCAGAGGUACGACCUGAUUAAGGAGUACCGCCGUCGCCCGGCUGCGCCCCCUCCCUUCAUCCUCCUCAGCCACCUCUACCUUCUGUUCAGGCACUACAUCUUAACGAGCCCCUGCUGCCGCUGCUGCAAAGAGAGUUCAUCUAAAACUAAUGAGUUGAUGACAUGGGAGGCUAAAAUGAGGGAUAAUUACAUGGCCACCCAGCGUCAAGAGAGGAUUGAGAGCUCAGAGCGUCGCAUUCAGGACACGGUUGACCGGGUUGGCUCCAUGUCAGAGCUGCUGGAGAGAGAACACGACCAGAGCAACAUGGCAAAGCGGCUGGUUCAGCUGGAACAACAGGCCUCCCAGUCUGCUAAAGCACUACAGUGGAUCAUGGACACCCUAAAAGCCCAAGGUUUCCAAUCUAAAGAGGAGCCUCCUUCCAUGUGAGGUGGCUUUAGACUGGCUUCCUCUGAAAUCAACUACGAUUAACUGGAGUUAGGAAGGAUGGCACGGACCAUUAACACAUUCACAUUGAUUUGUUUGUAAGGCUGUUGCUCUGCCAUUUCAUUUAAAACUCAUUUGUUACUGCUUAUAAAUUCAUGCUAUAAUUGUCAUCAACAAAACCUAAAGCUGCUGUGAGCCAUUAAAACAAUUU